AUGAGAGACUUGCUCCGAUUUAAAAAUGCGAACAGUGCUGAACAUACAUUUGGUGGGAAAACCGUAGUAUUCGGUGGCGAUUUCAGACAAAUUCUACCAGUUGUGCCAAAAGGGUCGCGGCAAGAUAUUGUGUCUGCAACAAUAAACUCAUCAUACCUAUGGAGCAGUUGUAAGGUGUUGAGGUUGACAAAAAAUCUUAGAUUAAAUCGGUGCAUGUCGGGUACUGAUAUGAAGAGAGUAGAAGACUUUGCAAAUUGGAUUGCGAGUAUAGGUGAUGGAACUGUUGGUGGUCAGAAUGAUGGUCAUGUUGAGAUAGAUAUACCAAGAGAGAUAUUAUUAACAUCUAAUGGAGACCCAAUUACCAAUAUAGUUGCAAGUACGUUCCCUAUGUUCAUGUCUGGUAACUCAGAUCCCAGUCUUCUAGAAGGUCAGGCGAUAUUAGCACCAACACUUGAUGUCGUCAAUUCCAUAAAUGAAUACAUGAGUGAUCUACACAUUGGAGAUAGCCGGACGUACUACAGCUGUGAUAGUGUUUGUAAAUCUGAUUCAAAUGGUAGCUUACUUGAUGAAGUGCACACCCCAGAGUUUCUAAAUGGUAUACGUGCAUCUGGAGUUCCAAAUCAUGCUCUAACGUUAAAGGUAGGGUCACUAGUUAUGUUGUUGAGGAAUAUAGACCAUUCACUUGGUUUAUGCAAUGGAACUCGGUUGGUUGUUACUAAGUUAGCUGAUCAUGUUAUUGAAGGCAAAAUUAUGUCGGGAAACAAUGCAGGAACAAAAGUGUUAGUCCCGCGAAUGACUAUAACACCAUCAGAUCCAAGGUUACCUUUCAAGUUCCAGAGAAAACAGUUCCCGUUAAUGUUGUCAUAUGCAAUGACGAUUAACAAGAGUCAAGGGCAAACGCUUUCACAUGUUGGUUUACUGUUGAAGAAGCCUGUUUUUGUCCAUGGCCAGUUGUAUGUUGCUGCUUCUAGGGUGAGUAAUCCAGACGGAUUGAAGAUUUUGAUAUGUAAUGACUCUAACAAUGUUGGUACGUCAACCACUAACGUUGUGUACCAUGAAGUGUUUAAUAAUGUCUAG